AUGGCGGCGUCCACCGGCGCUACGGUCCCGGCGCGGGGCGGCUUCCGGGGGCGCAUGGGCCACGGGAAGCGCGCAGGCGGGCGCGGGCCGCGCCGCGGGCUGGGGGGCAGUGGGGAAGGGGCCCUGAGGCGGCUGAAGCUAGCCGUGGAGGAGUUCGUGCAGGGGACCACGGAGGGCGGAACCCCCGGCGGCCGCGAGGGGUCCCGCGCUCCGGGCCGCGCGCGCCCGGGCGGGAGGAAAAGUCGCCGGGAGCUGAGAAGGGAGAAGCGGCACCUGAGGAAGGCGCGCCGGCUCCAGAGGGCGGCAGGCCCCGCGCAGGACCCCCGCCCGGGCAGCGGCGGCGGAGCCGGGGGAGUGAGCGGCCCCCGGGCGGAGGCGGCGCGGGAGAAGGCCGACCGGCCAUCCGAGGGGCUGCGGGCCCCCCCGGCUCCGCCCAAGGCCUCCCCGGCCCGGACCCAGGCCCAGGGCACGCCUGGCAGGACCAAGACCCCAGCCGCCGCCACCGCCUCCCGGAAACGGGCGCUCCUGGCGGCCAACGAGGAGGAGGACCGCGAGAUCCGAAAGCUGGAGCGGCGCCUCGGCUUGAACAAGCGCAGGAAGAAGGGCGACGGCAGCAACUCUGUGCCGCUCAGCUUUGCCCGCGACGGGCUCGACUACAUCCUGGAGGCCCUGGGCUCUGGGGAAAGUAGUGGCUUGUGUGAAAGCGGCAGCGAGGCGGAGGAGGGCGCGGGCCCGACACCCUCCGGGAGUGAGCUGGAGCUGGACACUGACGCCGAGGACGGAUGGGAGGAGCAGGACCUGGACGGGGGCAGCGGGCAGCCGGCAGAGGAUGCGUGGAGCGAGGAGGAGGAGGACGAGGACCAGGACGAUGCCGAAGAGGAAGCGCGUGGAGCCCAGGGCGCAGCCAAGGAGGAAGGGGGCAGAAAGAGGGUCCGUUUUGCGGAAGAUGAAGAGAGGCGUGAAAGCUCCUCGGAGGGUGUGCGCACAGACGAUCAGAGUCUUGGUAAAAAUGGUGGAAAGUACGUCCCACCUCACGUGAGGCAAGUGGAGGAGACAGAGGACGCCCAGAAAAAGGAAGAGCUGGAAAGGCUCAAGAAGCAGGUCAAAGGCCUGAUCAACAGGCUGAGUGAGCCGAACCUGGCCUCCAUCAGCAACCAGCUAGAGGAGCUGUACAUGGGCCACAGCCGGAAGGACAUGAAUGCCACGCUGACCACCGUCGUGCUGAGCGCCUGUGCCCCAGACACGGCCAUGCCCGCCCGGCUGCUCAUGGAGCACGUCCUCCUGGUCAGCGUCCUGCACCGCACGGUCGGCCUCGAGGUGGGCGCCCACUUCCUGGAGGCGGUGGUGAGGAGAUUUGAUGACGUGUAUAAAAGCGGGCAAGAUGGGAAGGAGUGCGACAACCUGUUCACCAUCAUCGCCCAUCUGUACAACUUCCACGUGGUGCAGUCUCUCCUCAUCUUUGACGUUUUGAGAAAACUUGUUGAAACUUUCACGGAAAAAGAUAUCGAGCUGAUCCUGUUAAUGCUGAAGACCGUGGGCUUUUCACUGAGGAAGGACGAUGCUUUGUCCCUUAAAGAGCUGAUCACUGAGACUCAGGCCAAGGCCAGUGGAGCAGGUGGCAAGUUCCAGGACCAGACCAGGGUCCGCUUCAUGCUGGAAACGCUGCUGGCCCUGAAGAACAACGACGUGCGCAAGAUCCCAGGCUACGACCCCGAGCCCGUGGAGAGGCUUCGGAAGCUGCAGAGAGGCCUGGUGCGCGGCGCCGGCGCGGGAACGGAUCCCGAGCUCCGAGUGUCCUGGGACAGCGUCCUGAACGCCGAGCACGCCGGGCGCUGGUGGAUCGUGGGGUCCGCCUGGAGCGGCACCCCGAUGGUGGACAGUGGUCCGCAGAAGGAUCUGCAGAGUCCGCGCGCGGGGACGGUUAGCUCGAAGAUCCUGGAGCUCGCCCGCAAGCAGAGAAUGAACACCGACGUCAGGAGAAACAUAUUCUGCACAGUGAUGACGAGUGAAGACUUUGUGGAUGCGUUCGAGAAGCUCCUGAAGCUGGGGCUUAAGGAUCAGCAGGAGAGAGAGAUCGUUCACGUCCUGGUGGACUGCUGCCUGCAGGAGAAGACCUUCAACCCUUUCUACGCCUUUCUGGCCGGCAAGUUCUGCGCCUACGAGCGGAGGUUCCAGAUGACAUUCCAGUUCAGCAUAUGGGACAAAUUUCGGGACCUAGAAAAUUUGCCAGCCACCAGUUUCGCUAACUUGGUUCAUCUGGUGGCCCACUUGUUGAAGACAAAGUCGCUGCCACUGUCCGUCUUAAAGGUUGUGGAAUUCAGUGAACUGGACAAACCCAGAGUCCACUUCUUACGAAAAGUGUUACAUAUACUGCUAAUGGAAACAGAAGUUGAAGAUCUUGGUUUGAUUUUCGCAAGGGUGUCUGACAAGCCGGCGCUGGGCCUGCUGCGUGAGGGCCUGAAGCUCUUCAUCAGCCACUUCCUGCUGAGGGGCGCCCCGGAGGCCGGAGCCCUGCGGGAGCGGGCCGAGCUGUGUACCCAGGCCCUGCAGGGGCGGGGGUCCCUCAGGAUGUAG